CUCGACUAUCCUGACCCAUCUACUCCUUACGACCCAUCUCACCCCUCAGAAAUCCGCGCAGCUCAUCCCCAGGUCAUCGCAGCCGCCAAUACACUCAUCGCAGCCUGCACUCAGCUUGCCACAUUCGUGCAGCAGCCGUUCCUCGUCAUUUGUGAUGCCGCAAUUGGAUACAAUCUCCCCGCAUGCCUUCGCUUCCUCGAAGCCACUCACGUCGUCGAGAUCCUCCGCGAUGCUGGCGACGGUGGCCUUCACAUUCGUGAUAUAGCGGCCCAGAAUGGCGUAAACGAGGUGAUAUUGGCCCACGUCCUUCGUCUUCUCGCAACCCACCAUAUUCUCCUUGAGCGCUCUCCUGAUGUCUUCGCCAACACUCGUAUCUCAAGCCUAAUCGAUACAGGCAAAAGCGUAAAUGAGCUUUGUAUGCGCGUUCCUAAAUACGACGAUACAAACGGCAUAGCUGCGUUUGUCGGGCUUUGCACGGACGAGCUUUUUAAAGCAGCCGCAUACCUCACAGAGGCGUUCACCGGGAUGACGGUGAGCUUGCCGAGCACAACGGCAUUUAACAUCGCAUUCUCCACCAGCGCUGGGUUUUUCGAUGGGAAAACGAGGAAGCCGAAUACGCACAGGCUCGCGCGGUUCUCGAAAGCCAUGAAAGGGACUGGUGCUUGGGAGGCACCAGGAGCUAUUUUGCACGGGUUCGACUGGACAUCACUCCCGCGUGGGAGUAGAGUUGUGGAUGUUGGAGGAGGGAUUGGGAGUACGACGAUGGUGCUUGCUAGGGCUUUUGGUGAGCUCGCAUUUGUUAUCCAGGACAGGAAGGUAGUUGUUGGGCUUGGCAUUGCUGCUUGGAAGGCGCAGUGUCCAGAGAUGCUCGAUUCGGGGAGGGUACCUAUCAAAGAUGCGGAUGUCUUCCUCCUCCGCGCCGUUCUGCACGACUGGCCUGACAGGUACGCUAAGCGAAUUUUGAGGAGGCUAAGAGAGGCUGCCGAACUUGGGACACGGCUGAUCAUUGCUGAUCACGUGCUCCCACUCGCUUUUUGGGAUUUACCGAGUGUCCUUGCGAAUGUGGAAGGCGCGGAGCGCACCCUUGCGCCUGCUCCGCUUCUGCCUAACCUAGGCAAGGCAAGUGCGAAUGCAUAUUGGAUGGAUCUUACGAUGCAAGCGAUAUUCAACGGGAAGGAAAGGACGCUGCGCGAGAUGUGUGCCCUGGCCCUGUCUGCAGGUUGGCGUGUCGUGCGGGUGACGCGUGCUGAAGGCUCGUUAUUUGGCCAUAUCGUGUGCGUCCCGAUC